AAAAAAAAACAUAACGCAUUAACUGUUUGGAGACAGAAAAGAAAGUAAAGUGCCUUUCAGAUAUUUAUUUUUGUUGCAGUGAUGUAAUAUAAAUAACUUGUUUAAAGUUUUGUUGUUCGGAUAAAAGCUGCGUCACUGAACGGGGAGGAGGGAAGUGGGGGGCUGGAGAGAGACACAACACACGCACACAGACGCGGUGUGGGAGAGAGGGGAUUUAGAUGUGAAUUGCAGAGCUCAAAAUACUAUUAUCUGUUACUUCUGAUUUGCUACGACUGUAAAAAAGUGAAGGAAAGAAAAAAAAAAACCUCGCUGGAUUGUCUGAUACAUCAUUUUUUUUUUUUGGGGGGGGGGGUUAAAAUAACGCAGAUUGGAUGUCAAUCACCGGCAAACGAGUCUUUUCUACUUACUAAUGUUUGAUGUGUCACAGGAUGGAUUUGUAAUUUUUAUUUGAUGCAGAUUUUCUUUUUGAAAAGUCGAGAUAAUUAGAGAGCUGGGAACUGACCCAGGGAUUUUUCAGAACUAUUAAUUGGACAUCGAGCUCAUUUUUGAGGGGCGUAUUGCGUUUUUCAAUACGAAUGGCAGGCUUUGUCCCAUGUUUACUUUUCUCCUUUUUUACUCUUUUGGGAGUGGUGUGGAGUGCAUCAUACCCCCAGAGAUACAACCUUUAUACAGGGCAGCUCCAGGCAACACAGCCCCAGCAGCAGAAUGGGUUGAGGGCAGCCAGCAGACACCGGAACUACUGUGCAUAUGUAGUAACUCGAACAGUGAGCUGUGUGGUGGAGAACGGUGUAGAGACCUAUGUGAAGCCAGACUACCAGCCAUGCUCCUGGGGGUCGAGUCAGUGCUCUCGUGUAGUUACGUACCAAACAUAUAUGAGACCUACGUACAAAAUGGCUUACAAGAUGGUUACUGAGAUGGAGUGGAAGUGUUGUCAUGGUUACUCAGGAGAUGACUGCAGUGAAGGACCCACAGGAGGCCAGUCACAAGGGACCCAAAUCUCCACAGUUAGGCCCCGACCCAAACCAAUACGCCUAGGACAGACUGGUUCCAGCUCUGGGAAUGUACAGAUAGAAGGAGAAGGAAGACAUGACUCUGACAAGGUGAAACAGUUAGAAGAAAAGGUCCAGAGUCUGACCAAAGAGCUCCAUGACCUCCAGUCCACCCUGCGAGGAAUGAAUGAAAAGUUUCAUGAGGAGAUCCGCAAGACCCUGGAGACAGCUGUCAACGGCAAGCAGCCAGCUGACGCUGCCCACCCAGAGAUGAAGGAAACCCUCAGUGACAUUCAGAGAAGGAUACAGCAUCUUGACAACCGUACCCAGGUGCAUGACAAAGAGCUCAACCACCUGAACAACAAAUCUCAUACAAAUGGUGAAGGGGGUGGAAACUUCAUUGAACAUUCAGACAUUAAAAUGAACCAAAAACUCACUGACUUGAAGGGAGAGAUCGUGAGGGACUUAGAAAAAAGUCUCCAACAGUCUUGCUCAGCCUGCCAAUCGCAAGUGGAGAAAUUAAGGAGACAGCAGGGGGAAGACAGAGACAGGAUUCGGGGGCUAGAGAAACUCAUUAACUCUGUGGACCAGCGGAACAAGCAGGUGAUGGACAUUGUGCACAAACAUGUGUCAAGUUCAUCCAACCAGCCUUCAAGGGACUGUUGUGCCCAAGUGGACCAGAUCAAACAUAAAGUCAGUGACGUUGAGAGGAAUCUGCAUUCUGUCUCUGAGACGUAUUAUGUUUUGAAUGGACGGCUGGACAACGAGUUGGCCGAGAUUGAGAAGGACUGCAUUUUGAAUAGAGAAGAGAAAAUAAGUGCCCUUCUAGAAGACUUGGAAAGCCGCCUAAACAUCACAGAGAGGAAUGCAGCAGAGUAUUGUCUCUUUCUCCAAACCGGCAUAAAGGGUUAUUUCCAUAAGGAGAUAGAUGACUUGAGGAAUGAGUUUAAUGAUAGGUUUGAUGAAAAUGGGGCAAAAAUAUCUAACAUAGUUAAAAAUGUGGACAACUUAAAGGACAUAGUUGUUGAGCAUGGUGAAGGCCUUGACAAAGUCUUCAUCCUCACAUCUGACAUGGAUACUCAUUUGACUUCAGCAGUUAACAGUUGUGCUGAAAUCUGUGUCAGUAAUGGUCCUCAACUUCCAGAAGAUGAUAAUUCUAAAGUGUCAGAUGUAGUGAAAAAUUUGGAGUGGAAGGUCAUUGUAAAUGAAGGAGAAAUUCGAAACUUUGGAAACAAGAUAAAGAACCUCUCAAUCUCUGGGUGGUCACUUAGGAACACAGUGAUAGAUAUUGGCCAUGAUGUACAGAAACUGAAGACCUUGACAGGACACAAUGGUGAACAUUUCAAUACGAUUGUUACUAACAUAGAGAACCUUGAGAAAGAACUCGAUUCCACUACCUCUACAAGUCUUACCAUUUGCAGCUCUGUAGAAAACCAACUUGUUUCUCUGCGGAAUGAGACAGAAGACUACUUAGAUAAACUGGCUAUGGAUCUGAAUAACAUACGUAAUAGAGUGGAUUCUGGGGAGACAGCUUGUGCCCAAAUAUGCUCAAACCUACAGGAAGAAGUCGGGAAACUAAAGGAAGUAGAAAAAUGCAGCGAACAAUGUAAGGUAUUCUUGAAGAGACCAGACGAAGGCCAGGCAGGAGGGGAUGGUCUAAACCAGCAGAAACCUUUGGAUGGCCACAGCGUUAUUGGCGGGACUUCCAGUGUCAACUUGAAGUCUAUUCAAGGAGAGCUUUCAGAGGUCAUUCUGACAUUCAGUUCCAUUAAUGACACACUCAAGGGUCUUGAGCAUACAGUGCAGAAGCACACUAGUGUUAUCCUUGACCUGGGGACCACUAAGGACAAAAUCAUCUCUGAGAUCAACAAAAUCCAGCAGGAGGUGAACGAGCACAUUGAGGACAGCAAAGGCAGGUUCGACCAUUUCAGUAGGGAGAUCCAUCAGUUUGGUAACAACUUCAUGGUAAAAAUGGGUGACUGUAAAGAGUCAUCUGACGGCCUGGAAAAGAGGAUUUCCAAGAUGGAGAACCUUUGCGGAAAGCUUGACACAGUGUCAGGCAGCUUGGAAAGAAUUAAGGAUGGUCUAAACAAGCAUGUGUCCAGCCUCUGGAACUGUGUCCAUGGGUUGAAUAGCACAGUCAUUACCCACAGUGGCUACUUAGACACCAUUCAGAACACACAGCUGGAAGGAAUUAAUCAACGACUAAACGUCUUGAACUCAUCCAUGCUCACCAUAUUCAAGGAGUUCCAGGACUUUACCCUUCAGGACUUUAUGGGUCCACCAGUCAAACAGGGAGAGAGAGGACCUCCUGGACCACAGGGGAUUCCAGGCAGAGAUGGAGCCACAGGCAGACCAGGAGAACAAGGGCCAAUGGGACCACCGGGUAUCAGAGGCGAACAAGGUCUUUCUGGUUUAAAUGCUUUGGUACCAAGGGUUUCAUUUUCAGCAGCUCUGACAUACCCACAAGUGGAUGCUGGAACAAUCCUUUUCGAUAAGGUCUUAGUGAACGACGGUCACUUCUACGAUCCUUCUACUGGAAUCUUUAAGGCUCCUUAUGAUGGGCGAUACUUCUUCAGUGCCAUCUUGACUGGCCAUAAGAAUGAGAAGAUUGAAGCCGUGCUCUCCAAAUCCAACUAUGGGAUUGCACGGGUGGACUCAUCCGGAUACCAGCCUGAGGGGCUGGAGAAUAAACCAGUGGCUGAAACAAAGCCUACCCCAGGCUCCCUAGCCGUCUUCAACAUCAUCCUCCCGCUGAAGACUGGAGACACUGUCUGUAUUGACCUGGUCAUGGGCAAACUGGCACACUCUGACGAGCCGCUCACAAUUUUCAACGGGGCACUUUUAUAUGAAGAUGAUGUGUAAUACUACUUAAUGUGACAGAGACGACAACUGCUAUUUCUUUUUCAUCAAUUCUUUAAUUAAGAGGAUAAUAAAAUGGCUAACAGUGGACUAUGAGGUUUUUCCUCAACACAAAAAUACAUUGAAUGGCUGCCACUGAAAUUUAUUGUUGUCCCACAUGAGAAAAGACCUGCUAACUGAUUCUGGAAGAGAUUAAUAUAAAUUAGUUUUUUAUAUUGUUUUUUACAUGGUCUUUGUCACAAGCGAUAUAUUAGCAAAUGUGAGCACAGUAGGAAUUAGCCUUCAGUUCUAAAAGAUGUUCAACCCAAGCGUACUGACAUAUAUAAUGCUAAAAUGUUACUAUUUUUUACUAUUGUUAUAAUGAAUAAUCUUUACUUUGCAAUUUGUACUGUAAACAGGGAUUAUGAGGUCUUGCACUUGGCACAAAAAGACCUCUACUUUGUACAUCAUUCAAUGAUAUUUUAACCUCAAGAACAAAAGCUGAUCCAAAUGUGUAAAUACAAUCUAAAACAAAAAAGUAACCCACACACAAUAGCAACCAGGAGCAGGCAAACUUGGCUACUUUUUUUCAAAACCUGUAAAUGAAGUACUUUGUAAAGCAGCCUCAAGUGUUCAGAUACUUGUGACCAGCGUACUUGAUUUCACUGUAUUUUGACAGAAAUAAAGCCUGCCUGUCUUAUUUUAA